AUGACCGGAUCCGCUGGAAGCGAGAAGAUUGUAUACACUACGGGUGCGGGUGCCUUCUUCGGCGUUACCGCUGGUGCCAUCGAGUCCGUAUGGGCCAUCCCCAAGCUUGGUGUCAAGCUACCCAAACUCUCAGCUCAGCUCAAGCAUCUUGGCACGCGUUCGUUUGUCUUUGCUGCAGUUGGCUGCAUGUUCUCGACAGGCGAGUACCUAUCGGCGUCAAUUCGUCAAAAAGAGGACCCAAUCAAUGCAGGUGCGCUGGCAUGUGCGCUGCGUCAUUCUGGCAAUCGUCUCACGACACGGCUUUUGAGAAAUACGCCACUGCACACCAUGCCGACCGCUCCUAAGUUCGUGACGGUAAAAGCUAGCAAGUUCCUGAUUGAAAUUUUGCGGAGCGAUGCCGUCAUAGCAUAUAGGGUCACGUAG